AUGUGUGUAUUAGAUAUAGCAAAAACGAUCCAGGAAAGGCUCGAAUGCUAUCAACACCUUUACUCCGAAGAUAUACAAGAAGUUCUUGGAAACUUGCAAACUCUCUCUCCAGGCUCAGAUGAGGAUUGCACCAGUUUCUAUUUGCUCAAACUAAAAACCUUCGACCACGCAAGACUACGACAAGUCUUUGCCAAAAACGAACUAAAAUUGAUGGAAUUAAGGCUCAGUAAUUACACUGAAAUCGACUUGAAACAGUUUGUUAAAAACCUGAGAAGUGAAGCGCAAGAUUUCUUGGUAAGACACAGAAAGUACAUGUCCAAGGAAAAAGAGAAAACUUGUCUCGAAUGCGUUCACGUAUCACUUUUGUUUCUAAGACAAGGUGCCUUGGAACAUGCAUUUAAAUACCACAAAAAUGAUGAGUUUUGUGAGGAUUGUGACAAUUUUUGUAUUCAAAUGGAUUUUGAAACUUGCUUGGACCUUGUAGCUUCUAGCAAAUACCACAUCAACAACAGAAAACUUUACAUAUACAACUUCCAAUGGAAACAAAUAAUACUUGCCUUAUUUAAAACUUACUUAAUCAACAGUUUGAAGGAAAUCAAGGCAAAUGAGCAGUGCAAAAAUGUUCUUGCCGAGCCUAGAAUGUCUAUGAUAUUUUUUAAUGUUCAGGGGGCCUUAUCGCAGGCUUUUCCACAGUCCAGCUUUGCAAAAUCUGGUUCAUUUUCGCAGAGUAGCAUUGAUAAUGUGUUUGUUGAUUUUCCUCCUUGCAUACGACAUUUGUAUGAUGUUUUACAGAGAGAUAACAGGCUUCCUCAUCAAGCUAGGUUCGAUUUCAGUGUGUUUUUAAAAGACAUUGGUUUGUCUUUGGAAGAGCAACUUAGCUUUUGGGAAGCAGUAUACAUGAAAGACCCCGGAGAAAACGCAAAAUGUACUCACACUUGGGAAAAACAUAACAAACAUUAUAUUUAUUCUAUAAGGCACAUCUAUGGCCUUGAAGGAAGUAAACUCGAAACUUGCGUCAAAUCUUGUACAGAUAUUGAAGAUAUUAAAUUGGCAGUAAACGAAGAAGGCGGUUGCCCAUUUGCUCACGACGAUGACCACAAUUUGAAAAAAAUACUAAAAAAGUGUUUGCCUAACAAUCCUGAAGACAUUGAAGUGAUAAUUCACGAAAGGAAGUUAUCAGCACAAAAAGGUUGCCAAGCUUAUUUCUAUGCAAACAUGCUAAAGAGAUACAAAUACCGUGUUCCGGAUGACGAAAUCAAUUUUCAAAAUCCAGCAGAGUUUUACUUGUUAACAGAGAAAUUUUCAACAAAAAAUGAUGAGGACAAAGAUUUUUUCGAAACGAGCUCCAGCUCAGAUGAAGAAGGCAGCAACAAUUUUCUGGCUGUUAGACCUAGUUCGAGCUCAGAUGAUGAUGAGGCAAAUAAUGAAAAGAGUUUUUCAAGCAGCUUCAGUUCCGAUAAGGAGUGUUUGGCACGGAGAAGUGACUCUAGCUCAGAUGGUUUUGAGGAUUUUUCAUCUCAAAAAUAA